AUGACAGAGUUGAGGCUGAAAGUGGACUAAAUUCAAUAACUGCUCUCCUUUCGCCAGCAACAUGCUAACUGGGACUGUGAGAGAUGUAACGAGCUCUGGACCUCUGUAACCCUUGUGUCUAUCAAGCGCUCAAUUUGCAACCAUUAUUUUAAUUUUUUUUCAGUUGGAAACUGCUGCAGUGAGUGGUCACUGCCGCCUCUCAACCACUCAUAUUGGUGUCUUUGAAGGGAACGUUAGGGUUUGCUUGUUUCUGGACGAUCCCUGUUCGGGCGAUGAGUGAAAGGAGGCGAUCGGCAGCUGCCCUCAGUUCGAGGGCGCACGCCUUCUCGGUGGAAGCGCUGAUCGGGACAAAUAAAAAGCGGAAAAUCCAAGAAUGGGGCGAGAAGACCAUGGAGCUGAGUGUGGACAGUAUAAACCCGGAUUCGGAGCUUGGCGACAGCGUGGAUUCAAGCCAGUGUAUGGAGAUCAACUCCGAGUCUCAGCUGAGCUCAGAUCAGGAGCAGAGUCCGGCCGCAGAGGGGGAGAGCCCAGCUCAACAUACAGCCUGUUCCUAUAGCUCUCCCACAGAACUCACUGCUGACACCUCCUCAUCUCUCCCAACCUCCUCCAUGGAUGAGAUUCAGAUGGAACUUCAAUGUGCCGAUCUUUGGAAGCGAUUUCAUGAUAUUGGCACUGAAAUGAUUAUCACCAAAGCUGGAAGGCGAAUGUUCCCUGCAAUGAGAGUGAAGAUCACUGGGCUUGAUCCACAUCAACAAUAUUACAUAGCAAUGGACAUCAUCCCUGUUGAUAACAAACGAUAUCGGUACGUUUAUCACAGUUCGAAAUGGAUGGUUGCAGGGAAUGCAGAUUCACCAGUCCCUCCUCGAGUCUACAUCCACCCAGACUCUCUAGCAUCUGGGGACACGUGGAUGCGACAAGUCAUCAGCUUUGAUAAGCUCAAACUUACAAACAAUGAACUGGAUGAUCAAGGACAUAUAAUUCUUCAUUCCAUGCACAAAUAUCAGCCCCGGGUGCAUGUGAUCCGAAAGGAUUUCAGCAGUGAGCUGUGUCCAACCAAAUCAGUGCCUGCGGGCGAAGGGGUGAAAACUUUUACUUUUCCGGAGACUGUCUUCACCACCGUAACAGCGUAUCAAAAUCAGCAGAUUACAAGGCUGAAGAUCGACAGAAAUCCUUUCGCGAAAGGGUUCCGGGACUCGGGAAGAAACAGAACUGGCUUAGAAGCCAUCAUGGAGACAUAUGCCUUCUGGAGACCUCCUGUCCGGACUCUCACAUUUGAGGAUUUUACCAACAUGCAAAAACAGCAAGGAGGUAGUACAGGAACAUCUCCAACAACUUCUAGCCCAGGAACUCCAUCCCCUUCAGCAUCUUCCCAUCUGCUGUCUCCAUCUUGCUCCCCGCCAGCUUUCCACCUCACUCCCAACACCUUCAAUGUUGGCUGCAGGGAGAGCCAGCUCUGCAACCUCAAUCUCUCUGAAUAUCCAGCUUGUGCUCGAGGCAACAUGGCCACCUUGCAGAGUUACCCAGCUCUAGCUGAGGGUGGAUACAACCGGUUACAAGGUCCUAGUGCAUCUUCUCAGCCACCAGCAGAAACAUUUGUUCCGCAGAGGACUUCUUCAUUAAUUUCUGCAGUACCCACACCUUCUUCAUUACAAAGCAACAACAAGAUGGAUGCUUACAGCAGUCAGCUGCCAUCAUUUACUGCUUCCCAGUUUCAGUACGUCAUGCAAACAGGAAGUCCUGCCUCUAACACCUCUUCAUCUCACAUGUUUAGUGGUAGUCAUGUCCAACAGAGCUCCUACAAUGCCUUCUCAUUACACAACCCAUAUAAUAUUUAUGGCUACAACUUCCCUGCCUCACCCAGACUGGCCGGCAGCCCUGAGAAACUUAAUGCAUCCCAAAGCACUUUACUCUGUUCCUCUUCACCCAACGGGGCCUUCAGCGAGAGACAGUUCUUGUCCACAGGAAUAGAUGGGAUGCAUGUGAUUGCCUCCACUCCUGCCCAGCAGCCACAGAACGCUUGUGACGCCAGACAGUAUGGGACUGUCCCAGGGAGUUCUUCACAAAUGUCGGUUCAUAUGGUAUAAAGGCAAUAUUUAAAAAUAAAAUCUUUACCUGCGCUGUCCAUACACACGCAGCACUAUGCACUAGGGUCUCCGUAGUGGAUUGAUGUCGGUAUCAAUUAAGUAGAAGUGUUGACUACAGAGCACAUUAAAUGUAAUCGUCCCACUUUUAAGUGCCCUACAACACCCAUGACACAAUGAUCUUUGAAGCUGUAGUGUACUGGGAUAAUAAUCCUUAGCUAAUCUAUCUAUACGCUACACAGAAAUAAAUGUAAUUGGGUCGCAAUCAUUGUCUAGAAUUUGUGGAUAUUUGCCCUUUUACAUAUGUUACACAACAUAUAAAUAAAUCUGUUGCUGGAACAGCAUAACCUCCAGAAAAUGAAUAAUGCCUGUCCCUUGCAGAGGCAAAUGUGAUUUGCAUUGAUAAUGGACGGUGUAUCUUGUCUUGUUUUCAGUAAAAGAAGCUUGAAUUUCUUUGAAGUAUUAUAUCCUAUUUUUGAACUUUUAUUGUGCCAAGCUCAUAGUUGUUGUGUUCAGAAUUAUCUCCAUUUGGCCUCUACAGCAACUGUAGUGUUUCACAAAUAACCCAUUCCAAAGUAACCUCGUUAGGCCCCGAAGAGAAGAAUAUUGUUUUCGGUUUCUAAGAAACAAACUAUUUUUCCCUUUUUGCAAUUUUACAGACAUGUAUUAUUCGUUAAAUAAAAUGCCUAACUUGAUCAUAGAGAAUUCAGACAAUGGAUGGACUUGAGCACUCCUGGAAAAAAAUGGAAACAUUUCUAAUCAGUGCUGGAAAAGCCUAUUGAUGUUGAAACUUUGAUUUUCUUCCUUUCUACUUCUAACCAACUGUUUGAACUAAAUGAACACUUUGCAAAUAUUGCACUGAUCCAGAUGGGCACAGUAUUGCGCAAAUAACAAAGCACAAAUGCUAUGGAUUAAAGCUUUGGGUGAUAAAGUGUACUCGGCUGCCCUAUUGAAUCCCUUAGUUGGACAUGAUUUACACAAUAGCUGAAAGGCACACGGAAUCUUCUCAUCUCUGGAUGGUACUACAACAUUUGUUCAUCCAAAGAAGAAUCAGCACUUACCAAAGUAGUCUCAGAACUUGGUGAAUUACAUGUACGGAAAGUCGUGACUCUUUUGUGCUAAGAGUUUGGAUCUGCUAAUCUAACAAUGGAACCUUUCCCUAACUUGUAUAAUUUUGCCUGUAUUGAAGCAACUCCCUGUAAACUGCUCCUGUAAAUCAAAUUAAAAUGUGUGGGGAAUAAAACUGUGCUUGUGAAAAUGUUCCUUUAAAACAAAGGCUCUCAUUAUUGAAUUGAAUGAGCAAACUAAUUGGAAAUAGGGAACACUUAGAAGUUAUUUAUCCAAGGUGGACAUUAUUUGGGCCUCGGCUCUAGUAGAAACGAAGAAGUAAUUUAUGUUGACAAAGAGACAUAGUGACAAAUAUUAAAGAUGAAGGAGUGUGAAGGAAAAUUAAUUCUCCAGGAUCUUGGUGCCUGAUAAGGAAGUGGAGCCAGAUAAGAUGCCUGGAUGCACACUUGAAAUGUCAUAAACUAAAGGGUUGCAGGACAGAAGCUGAAGGAGAGAUCAGGCUGGAUUGUUGCCCUCUAGCCUGGAGAGACACAAUAUAUUCUGAAUGAGUUCCUUCUGUGCUAUGCAGUUCGUUGGUCCUAUGGAUUCUGUUACACUGAAAACCAAAAGGGUUAAUUUGAGUUGGAAAUAGUGAAAUAUCCACGAUAAUUCCAUUAACUGACAUGAUGGUCAGUGUUCAGGCUGUAUUUAGUAUGCUCGUUAAUUGGAACAAGAGGGAUUGGCAUAGUGUAAUACACAGCUCCCUGUAGCAGACUGAAGACAGGAUAAUGAUCUGCCCCAUGCAGCAUCAAGCUGAUGCUGUGCAUCCUUCCCCUAUUUGGAUCAGAACCAAAAUGAUUAGAUCUACAGAGCAUUUUGAAAUGAUUAUUUUGUAAAUCUGGAUAUUUUUAAAAUCCUAUUUUAGGCCUCUGAAUUCUUUUCAAAGACUUCCUAGGACAUUUCCAGUCAUAGCUGGAUUGAACAGAUCUUCUGCUGAACUUGCCAGCACGCUGCCUGUUUUAGAGGGCACGUGCUAUCACGCGGGGCCGGAUAAAUUUGGGUUGUUCUCUCUGGAGCAACAGAGACCGAGGGAAGAUCUGAUGAGUGACAUAGAUGGAGUGGACAGAGAGUAUCAGUUUCCCAAGGUUGAAAUGUCUAAUACCAGAGGGCUUGCAUUGAAGGUGAGAGGGGCUAGGUUCAAGGGGGAUGUGAGGGUUAAGCUUUUUACUCAGAGAGUGGUGGAUGUCUGGAAUGUGCUGCCUGGUAUGGUGGUAGGGCAAAUAUAUUAGAGGCUUUUAAGAAAUGUUUGGUUAGGCACAUGACGUAAGGGGGAUGGAGGGAUAUGGACAUUGUGUAGGUAGGAGGGAUUAGUGUUUAGGUAUUCUUGAUUUGCUUUUCAGCUUGUUCAGCAAAACAUUGUCUGCUGAAUAGCCUGUUCCUGUGCUGCACUGUUCUAUUUUCUUUCUCCAUUAUGUUGUACCGUAUAGUAUAAGCCAUUACAUUCACUGCCUCUUUUUCACUCUACAAAACUGCCUAUACCAGCAAAGUAUGCUGCACUUAGCUCUUACUUAACUGCAAAUAAUGUCCUUUCUCUAGCAUCAGAACAUUUUGGAAGUUCUCCUUACACAAGAACAAUAUUUUGUGAAGGUUCCGGGAGAAGAGAAACUUCUGAAGAGCUAACUAUAUCCUGUAUCUAUCAUAAUGAGCUCAGCAGUGCUUUAGAUUAAUGCUUACAAGUACUUGGAAAGAUAUGUUUUCAUUUUUCCAAAUAAAUAACAUUGUAGUUUUUUAAAAAAAAACAAAGCCUCAAUUUCAAAGAAAAAAAUGCCCCCUUAAAUAGUCUCAGAGGCUGGCUCCUAAGUUUCCAGGGCAAGGGAACUAAUAAACUUAGAACAUAGAAUAGUACAGCACAGUACAGGCCCUUUGGCCCACAAUGUUGUGCCGACCCUCAAACCCUGCCUCCCAUAUAACCCCCCACCUUAAAUUCCUCCAUAUACCUGUCCAGUAGUCUCUUAAUCUUUACUGGUGUAUCUGCCUCCACCACUGACUCAGGCAGUGCAUUCCAUGCACCAACCACUCUCUGAGUAAAAAAACCUUCCUCUAAUAUCCCCCUUGAAAUUCCCACCCCUUACCUUAAAGUCAUGUCCUCUUGUAUUGAGCAGUGGUGCCCUGGGGAAGAGGCGCUGGCUAUCCACUCAAUCUAUUCCUCUUAAUAUCUUGUACACCUCUAUUAUGUCUCCUGUCACCCUUCUUCUCUCCAAAGAGUAAAACCCUAGCUCCCUUUCCAAAGAGUAAAGCCCUAGCUCCCUUAAUUUCUGAUCAUAAUCCAUACUCUCUAAACCAGGCAGCAUCCUGGUAAAUCUCCUCUGUACCCUUUCCAAUGCUUCCACAUCCUUCCUAUAGUGAGGUGACCAGAACUGGACACAGUACUCAAGUGUGGCCUAACCAGAGUUUUAUAAAGCUGCGUCAUUACAUCGCAACUCUUAAACUCUAUCCCUCGACUUAUGAAAGCUAACACCCCAUAAGAAAUACUGUACAUUUAUCAGUGAAUCCUCAUCAAAAAGCUUUUGAACUAGUUGAGGGCAAUCACUAUUUGUUGAUAAUUUACACUCAAUAUAUAAUGUUUCUUUAGUAUGUUUCUAUAAAUUAUUUGAAAAUAGAAAUACUUUAGAAAUUCGGCUUUUCAGAAAAGCAUGUAGGUGUAAACAAGGUCAGGAUUGGCGUUUCAUUAUGUUUAUGUGUUUUAGCAUUAGGUGUUUGUAAUUGAACACCUGAAAUGACCAUAAUCUUCCUGCAGCUUUACAUUAUGGGGAUGAAUUGGUGACUAAUGUUAAUUGGAAUCCAAGAAUUCUACAUCAAAUUGGGGAAUGUAA